AUGAAAGUUGAUGUUCCUUAUCCUGGUUGGUUGACUCGGCACGAUCCACGUGUAUUCGUCUACGUUUGUAUCGCCAUUUUCCAAGGGAAUAAUCCUGUUGACCGGCCUACAGAUGCGAUGUUUAUUUCAAUAAAUCUUCUCCGCCUCGACUCCACUUCAACUGGCGAUCAGGAUCGACUACGCCAAGCCGCCAGCCAUCUCCAUCAAGCAACGCCGACUACGAUGGAUCCUGACACUCUACGUGCUAUUCUCAGUGCCCAAGCCGCAGCUCAGGAGAAGAUGCUACAAGCCGUCAUGAAGGAGAUGCGAGGCAUGUUUUCGUCGAUGACAUCCACAUCGUCGACCGCUCACGCCACAUCAGCUGAGUUCGUCACUUACUCGCUGUCUGCACGGCUGCACGAGUUCACGCACGACUCGGAAAAAGGCUGCACCUUCGACGUCUGGUACAGCCGUUACGAGGACAUCAUUACGCAGGAUGGUGCCACUAUCAACGAAGCAGCAAAGGCACGCCUCAUUGUAUCGAAGCUCGAUGCACCUGCCUACGCCCGCUUCACCAACCACAUUCUUCCAAGAAAAGCAGCCGAGAUCUCACUGGCGGAAACUAUGAAGACGCUGCAGGAACUGUUCGGGCACAACACAUCACCAAGGAUCAGCCAAGAAAUAGAUCGCCUGGUAGCUGGAAAGGUACUGACGCCGGUGGAACACUCCGACUGGGCAGCGCUGGUGGUCGUCGUUCAGAAGAAGAAUGGAUCGAUCCGUCUUUGCGCAGACUUUUCUACGGGCCUGAACGACGCACUCGAGCAGCACCAGCACCCGCUUCCGGCUCCAGACGAUAUCUUCGCUAAGCUCAACGGUGGAAGGUACUUUUCCCAACUAGACUUGGCUGAAGCGUAUUUGCAGAUAGAAAUGGGCGAGGAAUCGCGACAACUGCUCACAAUCAACACACACCGCGGCCUAUAUCGCCUCAAUCGCUUAUCUUUUGGAGUGAAAGCGACACAACUCUCGCCUAGAGACAGUUUUUAG